CGCAAUAAUCAUAAAAAUCGGUACGCUGUCUGAAUAUCGCUGUUUAUGAUCGAUUGUUCGCGAGUUAAUCAGAUUGUUAAGUCACAAUCCCCCACCACACUCAUGCUCGCUGUGGUUCACUGUAGUAAGUCGGGAGGCAUCGGCCUCGUUUAAUACAACAGUGACAGUGAGUUAGCGGCUCAGUUAGAAUCGUGACCGGUAGAAAGUUGCCUUCAUUUGAGGAUGGCGUCUGAGAAUACCGUGAUACGCGUGAAGCAAGGCCGAUUACGUGGCACUGCCGAGAAGACCAGCUACGGUGACGAGUAUCUGGCAUUUCGUGGUAUCCCGUACGCGAAACCACCGCUAGGCCCCCUUCGAUUUAAGGAUCCGGAACCCGUAGAACCAUGGACAGACGUGAGAGACGCCACAGAGUACAGCGAUAUUUCCGCCCAGAACAACAUAUUAUCGCAUCAAUUGCGCGGAAGUGACGACUGCCUCUACUUGAACGUGUACAAACCGAUAACGCACCAAGCCUCGAGGAUGUCGGUGAUGGUGUGGAUUCAUGGCGGUGCGUUCGUCCACGGAUCAGGCGACGACGAAUUCUACGGGCCUGAGUACUUCAUGCGAAAAGACAUUGUUUUGGUCGCGAUUAAUUACAGGCUCGGUGUCUUGGGUUUCCUGAAUUUGGAACACGAAGUCGCUGCAGGUAAUCAAGGUUUAAAGGACCAAGUGAUGGCCCUGAAAUGGGUACGUGAAAAUAUCUCGAGCUUUGGUGGAGAUCCCAACAAUGUCACUAUAUUCGGAGAAAGCGCCGGCGCUGCCUCGGUUCAUUAUCUAACUAUAUCUCCAUUGUCUCAAGGAUUAUUCGACAAAGCAAUCAUACAAAGUGGUGUGGCGGUUAACCCUUGGGCUUCGAUAAUCAAAGAGCCGAGCAAGUACGCGUUCCAGUUGGCUGCAAAACUUGGCGAAUCCUCCACCGAUCCUGAGACUGUAGUCGAGUUUCUGAGAACGAUAGAUGUGCAAAAGCUCGUGGCCACUGAAGUUAAGCUUCUCACGCCACAGGAACGUUACGUUCUAUUCUCAUCGUUUGGGCCAGGCAUCGAUGCCAAGUCCCCGAAUCCAUUUAUGCCUCAACAUCCGAUGAAAAUGAGUGAAGCAGGCGUCAAAGUACCUCUUCUUAUCGCGGUGGGAACUAGCUGUGGCUCUGCGGAAGCUAUUCGAAACGUGAACGAAAACUUCGAGCUGGUAAUACCUGAGCAGACGAAGGCCUACUUGAAGAAGGAAGGAAUUAGUUCGAGCGACUUGAAACGAUUGUAUUUCGGCAAUGAACCAAUUGGAGAGAAAACGAUGCAGAAAUACGCAGAUUAUUUCAGCGACAUGAUGUUCAUUCAAGGCAUUCACCACGUUGUCAAUAUCCAAAUGAAGAAUUCCAUUCAUCCUACGUAUUUGUAUCAGUUCAGCUACGAAUCAAGCGAGUCGCUGGUUCGAAUGGCGUUUAAUUUCACUCUGCCAGGAACUGCACACGCAGAGGACUUGCAGUAUUUGUUCUACUCGAAAUUAGCGAAAAGUGUAGGUAUAAAAGAAUACGAGGUUGGAAGCGAGAACUUCAGAGUGAUGGAGUAUUUCAUUCAAAUGUGGACAGACUUCGCGAAAACUGGAAAUCCAACGCCAAAGACCACGGAGUUGAUUCCAACGAUUUGGCAACCAAUGACGGAAGGAAAUGAGUAUAUUUAUUUGAAUAUUAACAAAACGCUUCGGAUGGAAAGCAGCAGUAAAGAAGAACAGAGACACAAUUGGAAGAAAAUUAAAAACAAAUUAUAAUACGUGUAUUAGAUCGCAUAAUUUAACAUUUAUAUUAAAAAAAUGAAACAUUAAGAUUGAAAAUUUAUAUUAUCGAGUAUUUCAGAUUCAUGAGUGUCAUGUGUAUUUUAAUGAAAAAAUAAAAUAUGUUUUCUACAA